GUCAACAUGCAUGCGCCUGCAUCCUUGCGCUCCAAGCAAUCAGUGAAUCCACCACUCAAAAGGACCUAUGGCAAGCGAUCAUCACAAUCUAAACAAUCAAUUCUUGAAUCUUCAACGCCAUACGACCGUACUCAAUUCAAUUGGGACAGACUUGAGAAAGAACGGAAGGCACGCAUUGAACGAAUCCAGGCACACCGCGCUCACCAUCAACGACUACAGGCCCCAGAAACCCAAAAUAAAGAUUCAGAGUGCUCCUCACCGUCAUCAUCAGACUUCGAAACAGCGGUGGCGAAAGCGAGCUUAUUGUACUCUGAUCCAGUAUUGAUCGAUGAUGACGAUGAACUGACAUUAGCAGCAUUAAUAGGAUCUGAUAACCAAGGAGAAAGAUCCAACAUUCAGAAUGCUUAUUCGAUACGAGGAUUAAGCCCACAGCACAGCGCUCACUCCCUGGGGAGGAGACAACUUUCAUCUUUCGAAACAGCCCAUACCCACUGGAUAGAUAGUAGCUAUGAUAACCAAGGUUCCAUGACAAACAUCUGUUCAGCUCAAGAUUCGGGUUUAGAGGUAGGACCCCUACCUUUAAGGGAACCUGGUGGUGGCGCUACAGCUCGCUCCUAUAUUAGGCAGCCAACUCCGCUGCGACCAAAGGAUAUACAGAGUUCUUUAGUAUCGGGAAAGCGGACGGAAAAGCCUCUGCCCUCAACGAUGUACACUCGAUUGGACUUAGCCGCGCAGCGUAAGGUUAUAUUUCAAGAAAAGGCUUUCUUUGCAGAAAGAGAUAGUGUAGACGAUCAGGAUAGCGAGAAUGAAGAUGAGAGCGAUAGUGACGAAGUCUUAUUCAGGACUCCAUCUUUUCAUAUAUUGCAAAGGAUGAAAGAAUUGCCAAAGCUGCGUGUUCCUGAGCCUCGGGUCAAUCCUUUUGGGUUCCAGACAUUGGUUGAGCCUGAAGAAAGUGAGGGAACGAAUACAAUCAUAAGCGGGAGGCCCGCUGCAUCUGAUCUUUUGCCAGACAAACUUCUGCCCAGUGAGCAAGAAAAUCCAUUUCUAGAAUCUCCAAAUACCAAAAAAUCCAUGGAUAUCCUCAACAGGCGGGCGCAACAGCUUAGAGAAGUGGAGCUUCGUCGUAAAUAUAACAAUAUGAAUGGGCUCAUAUCAGCAGAAAAGGAUGGGGAACUAUCUUUAGGGAGCAGACUUAUAGAUACAAACAUAAUGCAAAGCACUGUAUCAGAACUAUUUAGUGUGAAUAUGGGCCUAUCUAAAUAUGAGCAACCUAGUACACCGCCGAAAGUAAGCUCACGGAUUGUCACACAGGAGUCACAGCGCCUAAGGGACGAUACAGUUCAAGAUGACUGUGUAGACAUUGCACUUGGAAAGAGGAUGUCUUCGAUUGAGAUCACGCCGCAACGACUUUUCACAAAACAACGCAAAACAUCUCCCUCCUCUCCUAGCAACUCAAUUUUGUCUCUAUUUCCGGCAUCUCCAUCACUUUCGGACUUGGAGGAGUCAGAGUCUUAUUUGGACGAUGACACGCCUCCAAAACCAAUCGAACCAUUACUGAGCAGUGAUAUACCCGCAGUCGGACAGGAAGACCGUGGUGUUUUAUGGAAAACAGCAGCCCUCCGGCAAAGAGUGCCAGAUUCUUUCUCAAGUUCAUUGUCGUCAUCAUCAUCCUUAUCAUUGUUUCCAUCGCUAUCGUCCUCAUUAUUAUCAUUACCAUCUUCGGUUACAGAAUUAUCACUCUCGCAAGAAGCUAAACUUCAUCCCUCGGCUCCUCAGCCCUUGCCACGGCUUUACCGGCACAAAAGCUCGCUUGUAGCCCCACGGAGAUCUCAGCUCACCAAAGUUAGCCGUCAUUCACCAUCUAAACAUGGAGUACGGAUCGAGAGUGGGAGAGAGCCUCAACUGCAUGACUUGCCUCAUACCGCUUGUAAUCCAUUCCGAGAUGUCACUAAUCAAAAUAUACUUGAGCAACCGUCAUGUGAGUUGAAGGAUCCUUCUCAAAAUCCACUAUCUUCCAUCCAACAGCAUUCUUUGCCGAUAUCUACUGUGUUCACGCAACCGUUGUUACAGCAGCAGCAGCUAGAACGCAAGAUUCGAUCCUUGAGACGGCCUCCAGCGGUGUUAACCAGUAUUCGAAAAUCAAUAUUUCAACCUACUAUGGAUGAUCUCAUCUCUAUAUGUGAUCAAGAAUUCUUUACUCAAUUUCACGGUCUGGAUGAUGUUGGUGAGAAUCAAGAUGGCGAAAGAAGCGACGGAUCGAAAGCGUCAUUAUCGUCAUCAGAAGCUCGCAACGGACAUGGUAUCUUGGACUUUGAUUCAUUGCUACCAAAACGUAUGCUUGAAUCAUUGACCAAGAUUGGCGAAGCAACUUACUCAGAGGUCUACACAGUGGAACUGCCAAUUCAAAAACAAGCGGGAAAGAGCAUUUAUGACUAUGACCAUCGUCUUCGGGACCACAGCAGCUAUAAUGACUCUACAUUCUUUCAAUCACCAAGGCUUAAUGCCUAUAUCAAAGAGUCUAUGAAAGAUGAUUUACUAUCCAUACAGUCGAUUCAAAUGAAGCCAAAAUUGGUUAUGAAGGUCAUACCAUUCAACAGUAACCGAGAAAAUGGAAAUGAGAACGGAGACGGGUCUGUAUCGGGAAGUCGUGGACGCAGAACAAGAGGAGUGAAACCCGAAACAGAGUCAACAGAGCUGCUACUUGAGGAUAUUUAUCGCGAAGUGAUGGUGUCGACGCAAAUUAUGCAUGGUUGGAAAGGGUUUAUUGGGAGCUUUGGCGCACUUGUGGUGAGAGGAAGAUACCCGAAGACAUUUCUAUCGGCUUGGAAUCAAUUCCGGAGGCAGAAUGGUACUGAAAGCGAAAGACCAGAUAAAUAUACAAAAGAUCAGCUGUAUUGCAUCAUCCUUCUUCCAUAUGGUGGUAUCGACUUGGAGCACUGUCCACUCGCCAAUUGGCAGCAAGCAUGGAGUAUCCUUGCACAGGUGGCAGCAUCGCUGGAAUCCAAAGAACAAGCGCCAUUUUGGUUUGAACAUCGAGAUCUACAUUGGGGAAACAUCCUUGUCAAGGACACUUCUCAAGAACGGCUUAUGUUUCCUAUGGGAGAUAGUGACCCCAUAUUAGGCCAUGAUCUGAAUGGUCUUGAUGACGCUCAAAGCAACCAUAAUCCAGCAAUAGCGACGACAAGGACAAGGGUAACAACGCGAAGCAUUCCUACAUUCGGGAUUAUUGUUCAAAUGAUCGACUUUACGUUGGCACGAGUUCAGGGAAAUAAAGGGAACCUGAUUUACAUGGAUUUGGAGAAGGACCAAGAGUUCUUUAGGGGCCAGGGCGACUACCAGUAUGAUAUCUAUCGCAAGAUGCAGAAAGCUCUCAAUAAGGACUGGGCAGCGUCUUGUCCAAGGACAAAUCUUUUUUGGCUCCAUUAUAUUGCGGACAAGUUGCUGACCAAAAAGUGUCUUAAGAAACCUAUCAAACAAUCUGCUAUAACUCCUGCUACCACGGCUGUCACUUCUAUAACUUACCCUCAGUUAAGAGCGUCAAUGAGUGUGAAAAGGACAUCAAGAUUAGCAUCAUCACUGUCUUUGACUGGUGUUAAUGAAGACAUUGACAAUAACAUGACCGAAAGUUGGUGUUAUGAGCGAGUGCUAGCAGUCUCCAAGAUGAACCUUGAUCAGUUGGAACUUUCAGGCCAGACUCCCAUGAAGACUGUCUUGGAUAUCUUGUUUCCUGAUCAAUCAUAAUCCACUGGAUACAAUACGCCUAACUAAAUAAGGACCUAAUAAAGUGGUUGAAUCAAGG